CCGACGGCUCUUUGGAGUCUUAAGGGGGGCCCCUCAGGUUACUGGUCCGCGCCUCCCGUCGCCAGGGAGGCCUGUCGGGACGCCGGGUGGGCCUCUCGGGACGUCGGAAGGGCUUCCGUCCUCGGGUGCAGGACACGCGCCCCUCACUCAGAGGGUGCGGCCUUCAUCCUCCGCUGGGUCCCCUCGGGCCGUUCUGGCUCGUCGGCUCCUCCUCGAAGGUAUCUUCCGCCUGAAUACCCGGUUUCUCCUCACGCUCUCUCCCUCCUCCAGGCUGCUGAUUUGUUGACAAAAAGAUGCCACGGAGAAAGAAAAAAGGUAAAGAAGCCUCUGGAGCUCAGAACGUAGAGAAAAAAGAUGCAGAAACUGCCAGUUCUGUCAGUGUGAAGAAGAAGCGUCGAAUUGAAGAUGGAUUCAUUGUGAUAUCUGAUAGUGAUGGAGAGGAACCAAAGGAGGAGAAUGGAUUGCAGAAAACGAAGAUAAAACAGUCGAGUAGAGCAAAGUGUUUGGCUAAAAGAAAAAUUGCACAAAUGACAGAAGAAGAACAGUUUGCUCUGGCUCUCAAAAUGAGUGAACAGGAAGCUCGGGAGGUGAACAGCCAGGAGGAGGAGGAAGAAGAGCUCUUGAGGAAAGCCAUUGCAGAAAGUCUGAAUAGUUGCCGGCCUUCUGAUGCUUCUGCUACCAGAUCUCAACCUCUGGCUACUGGACCAUCUUCACAGUCCCAUCAAGAGAAAAGCACAGACUCUGGGACCACUGAAGGCAUAUGGCAGCUGGUACCUCCAUCACUGUUUAAAGGCUCACAUAUCAGUCAGGGAAACGAGUCUGAGGAAAGAGAGGAGCCUUGGGACCACAAUGAAAACACUGAAGAGGAGCCGGUCUCUGUCAGCUCAGGAAGCUGGGACCAGUCAAGCCAGCCAGUGUUUGAGAAUGAGAACGUUAAAUGUUUUGACAGAUGUACUGGCCACUUGGCUGAGCACACACAGUGUGGGAAGCCACAGGAAAGUACUGGGAGGGGUUGUGCUUUUCACAAAGCUGCCCAGGGUAGGGGGGACACAUCUAGGCACUGUCUGCCUACCCCAACAGAUGCCAAAGGUCUUCAGGACACUGGAGGCACUGUGCACUACUUCUGGGGUAUUCCAUUCUGCCCUGCUGGAGUAGACCCUAACCAGUAUACUAAGGUCAUUCUCUGCCAGUUGGAGGUUUAUCAGAAGAGCCUGAAAAUGGCUCAAAGGCAGCUCUUAAAAAAAAAGGGGUUUGGGGAACCAGUGUUACCUAGACCUCCUUCUCUGAUCCAGAAUGAAUGUGGCCAAGGAGAUCAGGCUAGUGAAAAAAAUGAAGGCAUCUCAGAAGAUAUGGGAGAUGAAGACAAAGAGGAGAGGCAGGAGUCUAGGGCAUCUGUCUGGCGCGCAAAAACCAAGGAUUUCCAAGAAGGCCCAAUUAAAACCUUGAAAGAGAAACUUUUAUUGGAGGAAGAACCAACAACCAGUCAUGGUCAGUCUUCCCAAGGGCUGUUUGUUGAAGAAACUUCUGAAGAAGGAAACUCUGUACCUGCCUCACAAAGCAUUGCUGCUUUGACUGGUAAGAGAAGCUCAGUCCUUAUGCCAGAGAGUUCUGCAGAGGAAAUCACUGUGUGUCCUGAGACACAGCUAAGUUCCCCUGAAACUUUUGACCUUGAAAAAGAAGGCUUUCCAGAUAGCAGAGAGACCCUGGAUGAAGUAAGCAUAAUGGCAGAUAAGGAGGUUCUUCAGGUUGAUAACAGGGAAGAUGCUAAGAAGGAAAUACAUACUUCUACCUUCUCAUCUAGUACCCAGGUAUCCUGCCCACUAUGUGACCAAGGCUUCCCACCCACAAAGAUUGAGCGACAUGCCAUGUACUGCAAUGGGCUGAUGGGGGGAGAUACAGUGUUGACUCGGAGACAAAAAGAGGCCAAGAACAAGAGUGACAAUGGUAUAGCUGCCCAGACUUCCCUAGACAUUGACAAGAAUGAGAAGUGUUAUCUCUGUAAAUCCCUCGUCCCAUUCAGAGAGUACCAGUGUCAUGUAGAGUCCUGUCUCCAGCUUGCCAGAGUUGACCAAGGAGAUGGGCCUGAAGAGAGUGGGAGACUAUGCUUGGCUGUGGAUGGGAAGCGUCCACAGCAGCUGAAGAACCUGAAGGAAAAAGACCGGAGUGAAGGCCGACUCAUCAGUCUCUUGGAACAGUCUGAAUAUAAGACCACAGAUGCAGAGAUAAAGACCAAGUUUUCAGAAACAGGAGCCUUCAGGGUGCCUUCAGCAGGGGUAGAAGAGGCAGGCUGCAGCAGAGAGAUGCAGAGUUCCCUUGCACAUCUUGACUUAAAUGAGUCUCCCAUCAAGUCUUUUGUUUCUGUUUCAGAAGCUGCAGAUUGCUUAGUGGACUUUAAAAAGCAGCUUACUGUCCGGCCAGGUAGCCGGACACGGACCAAAGCAGGCAGAGGAAGAAGGAGGAAAUCCUGAAUUUCUAGGGUCCAAAGGCUAACAAAACCAUUAGCAGUAGGAGUGGGCCAUGUUCAUUAAGCCUUAGUGGCCUCCAGUUCAUUGUUAAACAAGUUUUGGUCCUACAGUUUUUACCACCAGCACCCACUUAGCUUUCUGGUUUUUAUGUUUUCUAUGAGCUAUACAGACAACUGUGUAUAGUAUUCUGUUUUAUAACAGUCUGUUUGAAUUCACUUAUGGUUAAAAGAAAAUUUAAAUAUAUUUAUCUAUGUUUCUAUGAAA